GUCUGGAUCAAGGAUAACCCGGAAUUAAAAAUUGAAAAUGGAAAAGUAUUUUGUCAAGCUUGCAUAAAAACGGAUGCCACUCCGAUGGACCACCCCAUGGCCCACCCUCCUUCUGCCCAUAGCCCUGAUUCUGACGUCAUCACUGAGCACGUGGCGAGUGAUAGGUGGUCCUGCCUGCAGGAUCAGCGAGUUCCCUUGCAGAAACGGAAAGUGUAUAAGACUCAACGGGUACUGCGAUGGUACGGAUGAUUGCGGGGACGUGUCUGAUGAGCCGCCGUUUUGUACGGGUAAGUUAUUACCCUGAUCCGAUAACUCCUAAUUUUCCUCAAUAAAACCAUAAUUUAAAUGCA